CUUUUGUCUCUUUGUACUUUAGAUAUUUUCGUUGACUUUGAAGAAAGAAAAGAAAUGGAGAUUUUGACGAGCAUAGCUAUUACAGUAGCAACAACGAUCUUCAUCGUUUUGUCUUUCACUAUCUAUCUCACGAUCAGAAUCUUUACCGGAAAAUCAAGAAACGACAAGAGAUAUGCUCCAGUACAUGCCACGGUCUUUGAUCUUCUCAUCCACAGAGACGAAUUAUACGAUUACGAGACAGAGAUCGCGAGAACAAAGCCAACUUAUAGGUUCUUGAGUCCAGGACAGAGCGAGAUAUUAACUGCUGAUCCUCGGAACGUGGAGCAUAUUCUCAAGACAAGAUUCGAUAACUAUAGUAAAGGACCUGCUGGUAGAGAGAAUCUUGCGGAUCUUUUAGGACAUGGGAUCUUUGCUGUUGAUGGAGAGAAAUGGAGACAACAGAGGAAGCUUGCGAGCUUUGAGUUCUCUACUAGAGUUUUAAGAGAUUUUAGCUGCUCUGUUUUUAGGAGAAAUGCAUCUAAGCUUAUUGGUUUUGUCUCGGGGGUUGCUCUCUCUGGAAAAGCUUUUGAUGCUCAAGACAUGUUGAUGAGAUGUACAUUGGACUCCAUCUUUAAAGUUGGGUUUGGUGUGGAGUUAAAAUGUUUGGAUGGGUUUAGCAAAAAAGGGGAAGAGUUUAUGGAGGCUUUUGAUGAAGGUAACGUUGCUACUAGUUCCAGAUACAUAGAUCCACUUUGGAAGCUGAAAUGGUUUCUCAACAUUGGAUCACAAUCUAAACUCAAGAAGAGCAUUGCUACUAUAGAUAAAUUUGUCUAUAGUCUAAUCACCACAAAAAGGAAAGAGCUUGCUGAGGAACAGAACACUGUUGUUAGAGAGGACAUACUAUCGAGAUUUCUAGUGGAGAGUGAGAAAGAUCCGGAGAACAUGAAUGAUAAGUACCUGAGAGAUAUAAUUCUGAACUUUAUGAUUGCUGGUAAGGACACAACUGCUGCAUCACUCUCUUGGUUCUUGUACAUGCUCUGCAAAAACCCACUUGUUCAGGAGAAAAUCGUACAAGAAAUCAGAGAUGUGACAUCAAGUCACGAGAAAACAACCGACGUAAAUGGUUUCAUUGAAAGUAUUAACGAAGAGGCUCUUGAUCAGAUGCAGUACCUCCAUGCAGCCUUGUCUGAGACCUUGAGGCUUUACCCUCCUGUGCCUGUGGACACGAGAUAUGCAGAAAAUGAUGACGUUCUUCCAGAUGGACAUAGAGUGAGCAAAGGGGAUAAUAUCUACUACAUAGCCUAUGCAAUGGGUAGGAUGACUUACAUUUGGGGACAAGAUGCUGAGGAAUUCAAGCCAGAGAGAUGGCUUAAGGACGGCGUGUUCCAACCCGAAUCACCAUUCAAAUUUAUAAGCUUUCAUGCUGGUCCAAGAAUCUGUCUUGGCAAAGAUUUCGCAUACCGGCAAAUGAAGAUAGUAGCAAUGGCACUUCUUCACUUCUUUCGCUUCAAAAUGGCUGAUGAGAAGAGCAAUGUGUGUUACAAGACAAUGCUUACACUUCAUGUUGAAGGAGGACUCCAUCUAUGCGCAAUUCCGAGGACAAGCACUUGAACACUGGCAAGAACACCUCUAAAAAACUUUUUCAUAUCAAUACUAUAUUGUAGUAUACUCAAUUAAAACAAAGCACUUUUUUUUUCCCAUAUCUUCUGUUGUCCUUUGUAUAAUCUGAUAACGUGCUACUAAAGAAAGUUGAGGCCUAAAGUCAUAUUGUGCGACUUUUGCAUC